AUGGAGAAGAAGCGAAGGGCACGCAUUAAUGUGUCACUGGAGCAGCUCAAAUCAUUGCUAGAGAAACACUACUCGCACCAGAUUCGGAAACGCAAGUUGGAGAAGGCGGACAUACUGGAGCUGAGCGUCAAGUACAUGAAAAGCCUUCAGAACUCGGUGCAAGACUUGUAA